AUGGUCGGAUUUCGAUAUAAAUGUCGAUACUUAAAUNGUUCAAAUGGGGCUCAAUUUCGAAAACACAUUAUUUAGAUACUUUGGAAAUUUAAGUUGAAUAUUCAAUAAUAAAUUGCUCAUACAAAAAAAGAAUAAAAUUCGGUAAAAUUAAAACAUCAUUUAGUUUUUAUACGGGUUAGUUUCCAUUAUAACUUUAUAAUUUUAUUUAAUGAUCAUUCACAAGUAUUAGUGGUCUUCAAUUAUAACAACUCUUAUAGAAUUUGUCAAAGUUUUAACAUCUUUAGUCUAUUAGAAAGCGUAAUCCUCCAACAUCAUCAUCAAUAGACCCUCCUAUCUGAGAUUGCAUUUACUAAUUUAUGGAUGCAAUGGAGAUGGUUUAAUUAACCAAUCAGGCGACUCAAUUUCCAUAUUAAAAAGACAGUAUUCUAAUAAUCGAAAAUAAUUUUUCUCCAUCUUUAAUAUCUGUAACGCUUCUAAAACAUAGGCUGCUUACAAAAAAAUCUAGAGUUGUAGAGAAAUAUUUAGUUGGCCAAAAAUUUCAUCAACUCCUUAGUUAAGAAGUUCUUAGGUACAAAUAUAUCGAUUAAACAUAGAUUGGAGAGUGAUUGAUUUUUUGACCUAGAGCAUAAUGAUUUAAGUCCUCUCAUUAUAUUAGUUUUUAGCCUCCUUUUAACUUAUUUCUUUAUGGUCAAUUAGGUCGAGCAGGUAAUUGUUAUAUUUCUGA